GUAGGAGUGUAUAUAAGUCAUCUACUCGUCCCUUUUUCUUAUGGGUACAAUCAUCGUAACAACAGAUAGUCGAUAUCGACAUGGCUGACGCUCCGCUCUCCGCUGAGGCACAACUAGCCCGCGAACGCACGCAGCCAUUGAGCGUUGAAUACGACAUCGAGUCUCCCUCUGGUCACGUCCCGGUCGACAGUCUUGCUAUUCCUCCUCCUGCAGCGAAUAUUGCGGGCGACUACGAACUCGUUACCUGGCUCCCUGAUGAUCCCGAAAACCCACAUAACUGGUCAAGUCUCUACCGGUGGUACAUCACCAUCGUCGUCGCCGGUAUGGUCGUCUGUGUCGCCUUCGGGUCGUCGGUGAUCACGGGUGAUUUGUCCGGAAUCGCGAAUGAGUUCGACGUCUCGCUCGAAGUCACAUGUCUUACCACCGCCCUCAUGGUCUGCGGUUUCGCACUCGGUCCUCUCGUGUUCUCGCCGCUUUCGGAGAUGUACGGACGGAGACCGAUGUAUUUUGCUUCGUUCUUUUUGUACACCGUGUUCAAUAUUCCGUGCGCGCUGGCACCCAAUAUUGGCGCGUUGUUGGCGUGUCGGUUUAUUUGUGGGUUGUUUGCGUCGGCGCCGUUGACGCUCGCUGGUGGUUCUAUCUCGGAUAUCUGGCCUAUCGCGGUACGUGGGAAGGCGAUUGCGUAUUUUGCUGCUGCGCCGUAUGCUGGUCCCGUUUUGGGUCCCCUCGUUGGUGGAUGGGUUGGUUUGAAAUGUGGAUGGCGUUGGGUGUUGUGGGUCAACAUGAUCUUUGCCGGUGUCAUGUGGGUUCUCGGAUCUCUUCUCCCGGAGACUUAUGCUCCCGUCAUUUUGGGUCGUCGCGCGAAGAAGAUGAGGGAGGAGACGGGAUCGGAUAAGUAUGUUACGGAACACGAGCUCGGGGCCAAGUCGUUUAAGGAGGCGUUGAAGGAGACGAUGGUUAGGCCGUUCGUGAUGUUGUUCGUCGAGCCGGUUUUGUUGUUCAUGUCCGUGUAUAUCGCGAUGAUUUACGCCAUGCUUUACGCGUUCUUCUUUGCGUACCCGGUUGUGUUUGGCGAGACGCAUGGGUUUAACGAUGGAUUGAUUGGUGUGACAUUCGUCGGUAUUCUCAUCGGUGCGGUGUUCGCUGUUAUCACCACCCCAUACCUCGAGAGGAUCUACUUGCGUACGGCGGCGAAGAGACCAGGAGGUGUCGCUACUCCGGAAGACAGGUUGCCGGGUAUGAUCUUCGCGUGCCCCUUCGUCCCCGUCUCCCUCUUCAUCUUCGGUUGGACAGCAUACCCUCACGUCUCCUGGGUCGGUCCCGCCAUCGCGGGUAUUCCUUUCGGCUACGGCAUGGUGUUGAUCUACUAUGCCGCAAACAACUACAUCAUCGACUCUUUCUCCAAGUACGUCGCUUCCGCACUUGCCGCCAAGACCGUCGUUCGUUCAGGAGGUGGUGUUGGGUUGGCGAUGGCGACGUUCCCGUUGUAUCAUAACUUGGGGAACCAGUGGGCCAGCUCCUUGUUGGGUUUCAUCGCAAUUGGAAUGUGUGCUGUACCGCUUAUCUUCUACAAGUGGGGUGCGGCCAUUCGUGCGAGGAGUAAGGCGGCGAAUUAG